AUGAAGCGGGCAAGGUUCGAUUCUUCCCAAGUCAGUCCGCCCAGUGAGUUGGCCGAACAUCAGCCGAAAGUCUCUCGGAAGAUUCGAGCAUGUCAAGCAUGUCAGAACCGCAAAAUCAAGUGUGAUUUGGAGCCUGGUCAAGAGCAGUGUGCGCGUUGCGCCAGGCUCGGCCUCAAAUGUGUGGUGAACAAGAGCCUGCAGACACUGCUGGACAGCGAAAACGAAUGGAAGAAGAACAUCGAGGCCCAGAUGCAGAGCCUCCAAGCCGCCUUGUCGGAGGUCCAGCGCGCCUUGAACAUGCCGCGCCCGGUGCUAACUCAGCUGCCGGGUCUGCAGGCCGGUAUGAACGGCUUCCGAGACGCUGGCCCCGGGCCGUCGAUGCAGCCGGCGCCCCAGACUCUCCCCGACGGGACUGUGCCCAUUCGACCUACCGGGAUGACGAGGGAGAACUCUGUUGAACCGGAAGUGCACGAGUCCGAUGAUCAGGCCAUGGUAAGUGCGCCCAUGGCCAGCCUCUAUGAGGUCACCAAAUUACGCAACGUCCGCAGUGAUCCGUGGGCCAGGAUGCAUCGUCCUCAGAGCCGAUCUCAGAAACCAGACUUCAUAUCCCAGGGGAAGUUCGACCUCCAAGAAGCAGAAAGGCUGUUCACAAGGUUUCGGGAAACGCUGAACGAGUACCUAUGGGGCGGCAUAGCGCUCGAUCACGACAACUUGGAAAGCGCCAGGGCAUCGUCGUCUCUUCUCACAGCGGCGAUUCUUGCCGUGACCGCCCUGCAUGCUCAAGAUGACGGGACGUCCUUUGAUGUCUGCUACGCGAUAUUCCUCGAGCUCGUCAGCCAGGCCAUGUUUGACCGCUACCACACGCUCGACGACGUGCGAGGACUGUGCAUCGGCGCCUUUUACUUGUCAGACUUGAGCUGGAAGCUGUCGGGCCUUGCCGUAAGAAUCGCGACGGAACUCAACUUGCACCAGUUCUGCGCCAUGGCCAUAGGGGACCGUCCAGAGUACGUGGAAGAGGCCAGGCUGUGGUACUUUUUGUACGUGUGUGAUCACCACUUUAGCAUCGCCUACGGCCGUCCACCCGUGAUUAGCGAGAACUCGACGCUGUCCUGUCACGAGGACUUUCUGCGCUUACCCGGAAUUACCAUGUCGGAUCUUCGCCUGCAUAGUCAGGUCGGCGUGUUCAUUAUUCUCAGUCGAAUUUACCACGUGUUCGGGCCGGACCGAUCGAGAAUGAUUGCAAACGACGAGUUCGAGAUGCUGCGACGAUUUGAUGUCGACUUGGCACGAUGGAGGGAUCAGUGGAAGCCUCGACUUGGUAUGACAGUGACAACACCACACCCCGGCCGCCGUAUGUCACCAAAUCCCCACAUCGCGGACUACCCGGCCAAGGGCGUCGUGCUGCACUACCACUUUGCGCGCGUGCAGCUUUUUGCAAUCUGUCUCCGGGGUCUACGGCCCAGCGAGCAGUAUCGAAUGUCCACGGAGCGCCGUGAGUUUGUGAACCUGGCCAUAUGCAGUGCGUUUGCGGCCUUGGAACUCAUCCUCAACGACCCCGACAUGCGGCGGUCGGUGAUGGGUGUGCCUCUGUACCUCCUCACGACCAUUGCGUAUGCUUGCCUCUUCCUCAUGAAGGCGCAAACGCAAUGGCGGUCGGCGAACCUCGACAUCCGGCACGAGACGGUGGCUUCGACCAUAGAAGGCGUCAUCAUGCUGCUGGAGGAGACCAGCCCCUGCGUCCGCCACGUCGCGCACUAUCUCGGGCGCGGGCUCAGCGGGAUGCUCAGCAAGUUCAAAGAACACAACGCCAUGGAAAAGCAGCAGGCCCAGGACGGACAGCCGGUGCCGGUGCCGUACGCCGGUGGUGGAGCGUGGCCCGACUGGAACAGCUGGAUGUUUGGUGGUGCUGCAAACAUGCCGAACCAGUUUGGACUGGACCAGGAUCAACAGUAUGGGCUUAGCUUCUUGGACGCUCUGAGCUCCCAAAUGCCAGGAUGA